UUCUUUGGACCGGAGAGACCCUUCGGCAGUGGUUCCACACUUCUGAGACUCCAAGACCUCCCCAACACUACAGAAUUCUUAGUCCAAAUUGUAGCAAAAGCGCUCACCUUUUGUUUGGGUGCACCCUUUAUUCUGUUAGCCCUGUGGGGGGUCCCUAGAGGACUGGGAAGCGUCCCCAUUAUGCCGUUUCCUUUCCGCGGGUCGCUUUCCGGUCCUGCCGUGGUCGCUAAUUUUGUCGUGGUUUCUCGUGCCCCAGAAAUGACCAAGAGACGCAGAAGAUUCUUCAAGAAGGGUUAAACUUUAAUUUGCAAAUCAAAGCUGACACAGUCAUUGAGCUAGUCGCUGAUUGACCACCGAUCCCCGGACACAGCAUUUUUUAUAUCAAUCUCCUAGUCCAGUUUCACAGGUACCACAGAUGCAGCUGAAUGGCACCCAUUUGCCCCUGAACGGCACCCAGUUGCCCCUGAACAGCACCCAGUUGCCCGAAGUCUGCCGGGACUAUGACUACAUAACGGAAUUGCCCAACUGCAGCGACCACGAUCAGAUCCACCGACUGCAGCUGGCCUGGCACAGCGUACAACUGGCCAUCGGCCUCCCGCUCAACGCCGUGGCUCUCUGGGUCUUCAUCUGCCUCCUGGGCCUGCGGACGGUGGUGACGGUUUACCUGGUCAACCUGGCCGCCUGCGACCUGCUCUUCACUCUGGCGCUGCCCCUGCGGAUCUACUACUUCACCACUGACCUCUGGCCGCUGGGCAAUGUGCUGUGCCAGCUGGCGGGCUCGCUCUUCCAGCUCAACAUGUACGGCAGCUGCCUCUUCCUGGCGGCCAUCAACGUCGACCGCUUUCUGGCGCUCGUGCACCCACUCUACUGCCAGCCCCUGCGCCGGCGCCGGGUGGCCUGGAAGGUGUGUGGGGUGGUCUGGGCGCUCAUCGUCCUGGGGUCCAUCCCCGUGGCCCUGGCCCACGACACCAGCUGCUGCCAGGGCGCCAACUCCACCGUGGAGGUGCGCUGCUUCGAGAGCUUCUCCAAGCGGGCCUGGAAGAUGGAGCUGCUGCCCCUCGUCGUGAUGGCGGAGAUCCUGGGCUUCCUGCUGCCCCUGUCAGUCGUCCUGUACUGCUCUGUCCGUAUCCUGCACGCCCUGAGCCGCAGGGGGGGCAGCAGGCAGGGGGAGGGCGAGGUCCGGAGGAAGAAAGUGCGCCUGCUCCUGCUGGCCAACGCCACCAUCUUCGUCCUGUGCUUCCUGCCCUACAACCUGCUGCUGGCGAGCUAUGCGGGGCUGAGGGCCAAGGACUCAGGCAACACAGAGUUGAGGGCCAAACUCCGCUUCGUCCUCCAGAUCACCAUGCUCUUGUCGAGCUCCAACUGCUGCCUAGACCCGCUGGUCUAUUAUUUUAGCACAGAGGGCUUCCGGGCUACCUUCCGGCGCAAGACCUUUUCCAGGGCUUCGGGCCAGGGGCGAUGGACACUCCUGCUAUCGUCCAGGAAAUGGCGUGACCGGGCCAGGUCCUCAAUCCCCGGAUCAACCCCUGUGCAGUUCCAAGUUGUGAGCAAGAAUGAGGGGCUGGAGAACGGGGAGGUUAAAGAGGAGACAGGGGAGGAGUGCUUGUAGACUGUCUGGGUGGGUGACCCUUUGAUCCCACGAUACUUUUUGAGCCAGCCAUUACUGUUCAAUCUUAGGCUCCCAAUGUCCCACUCCUUCACUCUCACUCCUCUUGUCCACACCCCCAAAGAAUCACCCUCCACCAUUCACUCCUUCCCACUCCCUUCCCUUGUCCACACUCCUAAAGAAUACCCUCCAAUUCUUCCAAUUCACUCCCACUGUCCGCUCUCAACAGGCAGGUACCUUUACCAUCAGAAAAAUGUAUACAACAUACAUCCUGAAAUUCAUUUCCUUCACAAACAUCCACAGAAACAGAGGUGUACAUCAAAGAAUGAAUGACAGUUAAACCUUUGAACACCAAAGCCCCCUCCUAUGCACAAGGAACAGCCCUCACCACACCCCCACUCCCAUGAGCAAAGAAGCAUCAGCUCCUUCCAUCGAACAUUCAAGGGGGUGCAGCAAAGCAUCAAUAAAGACAGUUGUGCAGUACUCCAAAGGCCAGUAGAUUGCACGGUAGUUCGGCAUACCACACGCACUCUCUCCUUAAUAAGGGGAAAAAAGAGGGGUCCCCUGUUUCACAGAGAGAAGGGAGACAGAACAAACAUCUCACUGAUUCGCGAUGUUAGAAGUCUGUUGUGUCGCUUUUUCUGAGCUCUGCGCCCAGACAGUCAGGCCCAGCAAGGUGCAGCUCCCCAGACACACAGACCCCACCCCGGCAGCUGACCGCUGCUCCCCAUGUUCUGCCACGGUGCUUCAGUCAGGUCCUCCGGACCAGAACCACAAAAUUCUGGCACCCUGAAGGUGUGCUAGUCUUCCUCGGGAUAUCAAAAAGCAGCCGGUCCUAAGGCCUUGAGAGCGGGUCCCAUUCCCACAAAGAACUGAAGACAGGGUGCAACUCCAGAAAAGGGAAAAAGGAGAUUUCAAAGAUACAAGUAGAGAUGUUUCCAAAGAGGCAAAUGUACAAUGUCCUGUGUAUGUUACUCAGAAUGGCCUCUUUGGCCUCUUUGGUUUGUUACAAGUAGGAAUGCUUCUUUGUCGGAUAAGUGUUUCUCUCACCGUUGUUUCACUUUAGAAUGGCUGAUAUGGUAAUUGUAUUCAUUUGUUAAUCAAUGGGGAAUGUUACUGUGUCUUGUGAUGCUGGGAAUUUGGGGGAGGGGUUUUUUUCGCGGGUUUUUUUGGUGAAAGGGGGAGGCCGAGGAAGACGCUGAGGAAGGUGGACGUGUGCUGGACUGCUCGUAAGACCACCGGGGUGGUCCCAGGUGCGACGGCCGGAUGGGUCGAUUGGUUCGUUGAUUGAGCUCCAACGAGUGCACUAAACAGACUGAACUUUGAUAAGUUGGCGCCUUUUGUUUUUUCCUUGUAUAUAUAUAUAUAUAUUGUAUUGCCUACUAUUUUUUUUAAUUUUAGUAAACUCUUUAAAAUGUAUU